AUGAAGAGUGGCAGCUCCGGGAAGAAGGGCGGGGAAGGGGACGAGGCCUCAGCGAUGGAUGUGAGGUGCCUCGACGACCUGCUCCGGUAUACUCCGGCCGCCGGCGAGGCUGUUCUCAUCAAUGUCCCUCUGGAGACCAAGCUGUCUGAAUACAAGAAGAUCGUCGAGUACGCGGAUGCUGAGCAGUACGAGCUGCUCGAUGACCGGCCGGGUAUGGGCUUCUCCUGGAGCUCGCGCGUGGAAGAGAAACUCAUCAGGGUGGACCAUAUCAUGGAGGAUCUCGCUAGGAAGACGGAUCACCUCAAGAAAACUCUCGACAAGAUCGACCAGAGAAGGUAGCAUCGCUUAAUCUCCUGGCCUCUUUUACAGGGAUCGAUGAUAUCCGGCAAGAACUGCUCUUCUAAAACUGGAUUGAUAAGACGAAAGAGGAAUUUUCUCUAGAAAAAUCAUGUUUUGAGCUCAAAUGAUGAAAUUGGUUGUCACUCGAAACCAUUUUCCUUUUUUUCUUCCCACGGUGAUGUUCUUGGUGAUCAGCUGAUCACAGUGGAGUAACUACGCCAAAAUCUCCCCUUUUCAAUUGGGCUACGGAAUUUGAUCGGUUGAGCACUGAUCUGGGCAUCUAUAUCCUAAAUAUUUUUGAUGCAGGGCGGCAGAUUCUGGGGGAUGA